UUAUAUUUUAGUUCAAGGCACUUGUCGCGUCAUCCAAAAUGAAUUCCUUUAUAUUUUUUGUAAUAGCAAAUUUUAUUGCAGUAAAUUGUCAUAUAUUGAGCGCUGAUGUUGAAUCGAACGGUGUAUACAAUUACCUCGCAACUGUAGGAGUCGAAGAAGCAGAGAGAAUCAGAAAACUUGAGAAUGAAUUGUCCAGUCCUGUGCAAAGAAUCGUCGGUGGAUCAUCCACCGUAAGCAGCGCUGUUCCUUACCAGGCUGGACUAAUUAUCACAUUGCGAGUGGCCAGGCAAGCGGUGUGCGGGGGUGUCAUAAUCGCUGACAACAGGAUCCUAACCGGGGCCCAUUGCAACAACGAUGGAGUUAGCAUCGCACAGUCCAUCCUUGUGGUGGUUGGAUCUAAUCUUCUCUUCUCCGGCGGCACUAGAGUACAAAUGCAGAGCGUUGUCAUGCAUCCGGGGUACAACCCUCGGAUCAUUGCAAAUGAUCUUGCUGUUCUAAGAAUACCAAGAAUUUCUUAUACAUUUAAUAUUCAAGCAGUCAGUCUACCUUCCGGCAGUGAUUUGAAUCAAAACUUCGUAGGAACAACAGCUAGGGCAUCUGGAUAUGGCAUCACAAGAGACGGUGCGAACAUUGGCUCUCUACAAUCACUGAACGUGGUCAAUCUCCGUGUAAUCACGAACAACGAAUGUACAUCUGCUUUCGGCAACUUUAUACAAAACCAUCACUUGUGUACAAGCGGCUCCGGCGGUGUCGGUAUUUGCGGCGGCGAUACAGGCGGACCUCUCGUCGUAACCAGUGUUUGGAGAGACGUGCUUAUUGGCGUCGGAUCCUUCACUUCGAGCCGAGGUUGUCAAGCUGGUGCCCCAUCCGGCUUCACAAGAGUCACUUCUUUCGUCCCUUGGAUUAUAUCUGUAUAAUAUUACGAAUCGACUUUAUACUGUCAACUGCAUAAACUGCUUCACAGAAUUAUAACAUUUUUCAUAGAAAUAUAUUGCAUUGAUAAUAGUA